UUCCCGUAAGGAGUUGGGGUUGUUGCCGCGAGCCCACAGUGGAAACUGGAAAGCACAUUCACAACAGAAAAUUACGCUAGUUAACUGCUCCACUCCUUAUUCACAACCGCAGCUGAAAUUGACGAUUCAACUCCUCCUCUCCACGGUCUCUUGUACAACACACCGCCGCGGGGUUAAAUUGUGUAGGAAAUUACACAAUCAAAGUUCUGCAUUGUUUCCAAGAAGAUGGUUUCUUUUGAGACAAGUGAUCUGAAGAAGGUUGGACUAGGAUUGACUGGGUUUGGCUUUAUAUUCACAUUCGCUGGGGUCUUGCUUAUCUUUGAUGAGGGUUUUCUAACAAUCGGAAAUAUCCUCUUCUUGUCUGGAAUGAUAUUGACUAUUGGAGUGAAGUCUUCCCUGCAUUUCUUCAUGAAACCCCAGAAUUAUAAGGCUGCUGUUUCGUUUGGUGUUGGUUUUUUCUUUGUAAUCACAGGAUGGCCUAUUAUUGGCAUGAUUGUGGAGGCAUAUGGUUUCGUAGUUCUUUUCAGUGAAUUCCGGCCUUCAAUAGCAAUUUUCUUCAGGAAGUUGCCAAUAAUUGGUUGGAUGCUACAUCAACCCUAUGUACCAGCUUACUUUGUCCGUCAGCGAGGCAGACGAGUUCCUGUCUAACAUUCAACUCAAAUCCUAGUGAAAACAAGACAGACAAAUCAGAGGAUGGAUAGUCUAUGACACUGAGUAACGAUCUCCUGAACCUUCUUGUGUUUCAGUUACCAAUCUGCAUCCUGCGCUGUGUGAUACAGUUAGAACUUAGCAUUGACCUGAUUCUCUGAUUGACUACAUGCUGUUUAAUAUUUGACACCCAUGCUGGUAAGUGGUAAUGCAUGAAACCUUAUUACUGAUAUACGGUAGGAAGAAGCAAUAGACUCUUAGCAGUGAUGGAUACCAAGGUUGGUGUUCCAGCUUAAAAUUGUCAAAGAUAGACGAAGUUGUAUUCAGGCAUCGGCUCCAUUACCGGCCUGUUGUUUGGCUAUCGACUUGCUUGUUUUAGUA